AUGUCAAACUAUAAACUCCCACCGAUCAGCGAGGUAUGCUUUUUGUCAGAAUCACAGCAAAAGGAGUUGCUAGAUCACUUAUUCGAACACUGCGAGACCUUGCAUGGGUAUCUUAUUCCAAAGCUUUUCCAGACUCCAGAGGUUAAGUUCGCAACAUAUAAGGAUUUUAUUGAACAGGUCAGACUUGAGCUUCUUUGGUUUUUAUCAGCAGAGAUUGCCAACGCGAAAACAAGUGGUGCGACCAUCGAUCCAAGAAUAUCCAAGAUUAUUGCAGCCCAUCCAAGGUUGGGGGCUCCAAAGAAACAGCAGGUGGUGAACCUAUCAGUACACAGUGCCAAAGAACAAGCUUCAUUGUCUAGUUCCUCAGAGGAGGAAAAAUUCAGAUUACAGCAAUUGAACGAUUUGUACGAACUGACGUUCCCAGGAUUACGAUACGUUGUGUUUGUGAAUGGUCGAUCAAGGGAUAUCAUCAUGAAAAAUAUGGAGGAAAGGAUCCAAAGAAACGAUAUCAACGAGGAAAGAAAAGAGGCAUUCAACGCAAUGUGUGAUAUUGCUUUAGAUAGGGCCACCAAAUUAGGAGCAAAGUUGUAA